UAAAUGUGGCGCAUCUGGCCGAUCGGAUGGAUUCCGCUCAGGGUGUUUUCCUGCAGGAGAUCUCGGUGUUUUUCCUUGCCAUUUCCACUCUCAUCCAAUAAAAGUCAUGUCAGAUAUUGCAAGGAUAAAGUCGCUGUUGAGAGCCAUUCCCGAUUUUCCCAAAAAGGGCAUCCUCUUCCAAGAUAUCUUCCCUAUUUUCCAAGACCCACUUGCUGUCGAGACCAUUGUCACCAAUAUUGUCCACCACAUUCUAUCAACUGGUCUUCCAAAGAUUGACGUAAUUGUUGGUCUAGACGCUCGCGGAUUCCUACUAGGUCCAUGGAUUGCCAACCGCCUUGGUGCCGCUUUCGUUCCUGUCAGAAAGGCUGGUAAGCUUCCCGGCGAGACCAUUAAAGUAGCUUACGAAAAAGAAUACGGAACGGACUACUUCGAAAUGCAAGCCAACGCCAUCAAGACCGGCCAAAACGUGAUCGUCCUCGAUGAUCUAAUCGCCACUGGUGGAAGCGCCAAGGCAGCUGGUGAGCUUAUCGCCAAGCAUGGGGGCAAGACCGUAAAGUAUAUCUUCCUCGUUGAACUCAGUGCUCUGAAGGGAUCAGAAAAGCUAGACGCUCCAACGUAUUCGUUGGUUCAGUUUGAAGACUAAUAUAUGGUUUAGAUAGUCGAUGGUAUAGUAGAGGUAGUGUAAUUAUUUGUCUGCUCAAUCAGAUAGAACUUCCAACUACGCCAAGAUAUAUAGAAUCAGAAUUGUCAGACUUUGAAUCGUGUAUCUAUGAUUUUAUCGCUCCUACAAGCGCACGUCACUGCAACAAGUUUGCGUAGCAGCUAUGCCACAUCCC